AAAUAGUAAUGCGAGUUGGCAGGUGGAGCAGGGAAGAUACUGAAGUCUACAUUGGCAUUGCAGUUGCAGCUGGAAAAAGACGCGCUUACCCCUUCCCUCACAACAGUUUUGGUUUAACUCAUUCAAUGCACUUAGUCACAUAUAAGGUUUGGAUUGUGGUUUUUGGAUAAUUCAAGAUGGCAGCAGAGAAUGAACAAGAAACAAGGUCAUUGGCCUUGACUCCUACAUGGUCUGUUGCAACUGUGUUGGCCAUCUUUGUUGCUGUCUCUUUGCUUGUCGAGCGCUCCAUUAACCGUUUAAGCAUUUGGCUUCGAAAAACUAAUAGAAAACCUUUGCUCGAAGCUUUGGAGAAGAUGAAAGAAGAGUUGAUGUUGCUCGGAUUUAUAUCUCUCCUACUUACUGCUACCUCUGGCAUGAUAGCAAAUAUUUGCAUUCCGUCAAAGUUCUACAAUAGUGCUUUUGAUCCCUGCUCUCAAUCUGAGAUUGAUAAAGAAAUUGAAGAGAAUGGCUCCGAAGGACGUAAACUAUUGAUGGCUGCUUCUUACCCACGCAUAAUUAGAAGGGUGUUGAAUGGAAUAAAUAGAAACUCCUGCAAAGUGGGUUAUGAACCGUUUGUUUCGUAUGAAGGCCUAGAGCAGUUGCAUCGGUUCAUUUUUGUCAUGGCGAUCACACACGUAUCUUACAGUUGCCUAACAAUGUUGUUAGCCAUUGUGAAGAUUCACAGUUGGAGAGUGUGGGAGGAGGAGGCUCACAUGGAUCGACGCAAUUAUUUAGCUGAAAUUACUAGGCAGAUGACUAUGCGAAGGCAAUCAACCUUUGUCAAGUCUCAUACAUCAAAUCCAUUAGUCAUUUGGAUGACAUGCUUUUUUCGACAAUUUGGGCGUUCUGUGGUUCGCGCUGACUACCUUACACUUCGAAAAGGCUUCAUCAUGAAUCACAACCUUUCAUCAAAAUAUGACUUCCACAGCUACAUGGUUCGAUCUAUGGAGGAGGAAUUCCAAAGGAUAGUUGGUGUGAGUGGCCUACUCUGGGGAUUUGUUGUUUGUUUCAUGCUUUUCAACAUUAAAGGAUCUAAUCUAUAUUUCUGGAUAGCUAUCAUUCCUAUAUCUCUUGUUCUUUUGGUGGGAACAAAACUACAACAAGUUAUUGCAACCUUAGCAUUGGAGAAUGCUGGAAUUACCGGUUUCACCUCAGGAGCUAAGUUGAGGCCUCGCGAUGAACUUUUUUGGUUUAAAAAGCCUGAGCUAUUACUUUCCUUAAUCCAUUUCAUUCUCUUCCAGAAUGCAUUUGAAUUGGCUUCAUUCUUUUGGUUUUGGUGGCAGUUUGGAUAUAAUUCCUGCUUUAUUAGAAACCACCGCCUUGUUUAUUUAAGGCUAAUCUUGGGGUUUGCCGGACAGUUUCUUUGCAGUUACAGCACCUUGCCACUCUAUGCUCUCGUCACCCAGAUGGGAACAAACUAUAAGGCAGCAUUAAUCCCACAGAGGAUAAGGGAAACCAUUCAUGGAUGGGGCAAAUUAGCUAGGAGGAAAAGAAGACAUGGCAUGUUCAUUGAUGACUCCACCAUUCAUACAGAUACAAGCACUGUAUUGUCUAUUGAAGAAGAGGAUCAAAUAAUAGAUGAUUCCUUUAAAGACCUUGUCACUGGUACUGGAGUAGAAUUACAACCAGUAAAAACUGUUACAUCUAUCUCUUCACCUAUUGCUAAUGAAACUUCAAGUAGGGCUGUUACGCCACUCCUCCGACCCUCCGCUUCACUAUCUUCAUCAGUACCGUUCAGUUCUAGACACGAACCAGUUAUAAGAUCCUCCUCUAUGCCAAGUGGAAGAUAAUUAUGAGGAACAAUGGACGCAAUCAUGAUGCAAUGAAGAGAAAUGGAAUAAGUCAUAGGGUAUAUACAUUAAUAAAUAUGGCUUUUGUGUAAUUACUAGAUGCUCUAUCUAUAUAAGGUGACUUGUUUUUGUUUCCAUAAAAAGCCAUGUAAGGUAAUGCUUUAUUGGGACAAUUGUAGAAUGGAUACAUUUUGUGUAUAUUGAUGCCAAGCAGCAGCAUUGCAAUUCCCACCCAAAAUGUUGCUUAUGAAUACAAAAUAGUGCAACCUGUCUUGUAUUACUAAUGAAGUUUAAAACAACAAAGCUCAACUUGUAUAUA